GUUUCUCACGUGACGUCACCACGCAGUAGUGCUUCUGUAUGUCAUGAGUCUGAAAGAGAAUGGAGGAGUAAGAAGUCAACCCGCACGGAUCUUUUCCUUCACGCUUCUCGACAAGAAUUAUAGCUCAGUCCAGGUUUGUUGUCCUCGAUGAUGCCUCAUGGAGACGCCUGCUGUGCAGCGUCUGGGGAUAAGGCCAAGAGCGAACGGCGUGAACCUCUCAUCCUGGAAAGGGUCCCGGAAGACAUGGGAGAAAGCUGUCCAUCAGCGUUGCUGCGUCGCCUUAAAAAACACUGCUCGUGCUCACCGCAAAAGAUCAAGUCCAAGAUCCUGGGUUUCGUCCCUAUCUUAAAAUGGCUGCCGCGCUACCAGCUGAGAGACUGGCUCCUCGGAGAUGCCAUGUCAGGACUCAUCGUGGGAAUACUAUUGGUACCUCAGUCCAUCGCGUAUUCCCUAUUAGCGGGCCAGGAUCCCAUUUACGGGCUCUACACCUCAUUCUUUGCCUCCAUCAUCUACACCCUGCUGGGCACCUCAAGACAUAUCUCUGUGGGCAUUUUCGGGGUGCUCUGCCUGCUGGUGGGUCAGGUCGUGGAAAGGGAGUUGGCCUUGGCUGGGUAUCUCACAGAGGGCAUAGGCAGCAACAGAAGUGUCGCACAGAUGGACGGCAACAAUAGCGUGGCGGAGACGUGUGACAGAAGCUGCUACGCUAUCACCGUCGGGGCAACGGUUACCUUCACUGCAGGGGUGUACCAAGUGCUGAUGGGUAUCUUCCAGGUGGGAUUCGUGUCCGUCUACCUGUCGGACUCGCUGCUCAGUGGUUUCGCCACAGGGGCUUCGCUCACCAUUCUCACCUCGCAAGUCAAGUAUCUGCUAGGGUUAAAGAUCCGCCGGCCACAGGGAUGGUUCACGCUCUUCAAGACUUGGUAUAGCCUGCUGGCCAACCUGGGGCACACCAACAUCUGUGAUCUGAUUACUAGCCUGGUAUGCUUGUUGCUGUUGCUGCCCGCCAAGGAGCUCAAUGGCCGCUUCAAAGCCGAGUUGAAGGCUCCAAUUCCCUUCGAGCUCUUUGUGGUCAUCAUCGCGACACUGGCGUCUCACUUCGGUCGCUUCAAUGCCAACUACGCCUCGGAUGUCGCCGGCGAGAUCCCGACAGGAUUCCUGCCACCGCAGUUGCCAGAUUGGUCGCUCAUUCCCAGUGUGGCGGUGGACGCCUUCUCCAUCGCUUUGGUGGGAUUCGCCAUAACCGUGUCCCUGUCGGAGAUGUUCGCCAAGAAGCACGGUUACCGAGUGGACGCCAACCAAGAGAUGUAUGCCAUCGGUUUCUGCAACAUCCUGCCGUCCUUCUUUCGGUGUUUCACCACAAGCGCCGCCCUGACCAAGACGCUGGUCAAGGAGUCGACGGGUUGCCAGACACAGGUUUCGGGCCUGGUUAGUGCCGUGGUGCUGCUACUGGUGCUGCUAGUGAUUGCGCCACUGUUCUAUUCUCUCCAGAAGUGCGUGCUGGCCGUCAUCAUUGUGGUCAACCUUCGCGGUGCCCUGCGCAAGUUUGCCGAGGUUCCCCGGAUGUGGCGCGCCAACCGCGUGGACGCAGCCAUCUGGUUAAUCACCAUGGCCACUUCGGCACUGGUCAACACGGAGCUAGGCCUCCUGGUAGGCGUCCUUGUGUCCGCCUUCUGCGUACUUGGCCGGACGCAGUGGGCUCAAGCGCUCAAGCUGGGUCGAACGGUUGACAGGGAUCACUACGAUGUGCUGUCGGCUUACCGCGGCCUUCGGUCACACCCGGGCGUGGCCGUCUUCAGGUACCCGGCGCCCAUCUACUAUGCCAACCAGAGUCUUUUUAAGAAGUCUUUGUAUCAGCAUGUGGGUCUCGACCCGGUGCGGGAGAAAAUGCGGCGGGUCAAGUUUGAGAAGAAGCUAAAACAGCGGAAGGCCGCGCAGGAAUCAGCUACCAAAGAGGACGGCGAGAGUACCACUGGCAUCACACUUAUCCCGGACCAUGAACCUUUACACAGUUUAGUACUGGACUGUAGCGCCGUCUUGUUUCUGGACAGCGCUGGUGUUAACGCCCUGAUAGAAGUGCGCAAAGAUUACCGUGAGCUGGGGGUGGCGCUGGUCCUGGCUCAGUGCAACACAACCGUCCUGGAUGCUCUCCGACGAGGUGGGUAUCUCCCGGAAAAAGAGGGAGAAGAUGAUGGCUUGACCUUCUUCACCAUCACAGAUGCCGUCCAUCACGUUCAGCACGCGUUGGCGCAAAAUGGGGAUUACAGCACCAAAAAUUGAGAUUUACUGACCCGGUAUGUUUACAAAAAAGCAGUUGUGCCUUAGUUAUGAUGACGUUAGUUACUGAUUUCGCCUUCUGGGGCUGGAUUUACACUGAUAGUCCAUGACUGUAAUGCAGUCGUUUUCUUAUAAGUAAAUUAGUCAUGGUAUCUGACACCUUGCAAAGAAACACAACUUGACUAGAAAUAAUCUGAUUCUGUUACCUACUUCAAGGGUGUCAAACGUGCCCCACCAAGGGAUCCAAUUCGGCCUGCAGUGUUUUUCUGCCUGACAGGCAUGUUGUAGCUCAUUCAUACUGUACAUAUAAGGCACUUUAGGACUGUAGGAACCUGAGUACCUAAUUUCUAUAACUAUAGGCUUCUCCAGUAGUUACAAGAACUACAGUCAUGUGAAAAAAAUUAGGACACCCCAUAAAUAUUCAGUUCUUCAUUGAGAAAUGUACACAUAAUAUCAAUGUCUGAUCUUGUUUUUCUUAAUCUCUGGAAAAGAAAGUGAUUUAAUGGCAGUUAAACAACAAAAAUUAACAUUGUUUUACUCAUUAAACCAAAGUUAUCAACAAAAAUGCAUAUUCCAACUGAGGAAAAAGUUAGGACACCCAACCACUUAAUCGCUAGUGUUACCCCUUUGGCUGAAAUAACUUCAGUGAGACGCUUUUUGUAGUCAUCUACCAGUCUUUGACAUCGGUCUGAAGAAAGUUUGCCCUACUCCUUAAAGGGUAUGACAACACCUGGGGAAAUGCUAAUAUUCCAUCAUUUAUCCAUCAACGCAUGCCUUUUGAAUUCAUAUCAUGCCACUUUGUGUAUUUACACACAUCGCAACACCAAGAAAAUGAUAGAAAUUAGGUCGAUUGUCAAGCUAAAAGGACCCGCCCCCGAGAUGCCGGAAAUCUAGCAUAUUGUGUGCGUGACGUCACUUUCGGGAAACAGCCGGCUCAGUGCUUAGUACUGAAUGGCGGCGAUGAUGGCGGACAAUUUUGUUUCUAUUUGCAGCGACGAAUCCAACGAAAUGAACAUUCUUCUAAUGGUGACGAGGAGAGUUAUGAACCUUUCUUUGGUGUUUUGGGUUAUCAGUUUGAGCCCAAACGAAAGCCAAUGCAGCCUAAUGAAAGGAUCAUUGAGGGGAGCAAUCACACUGAUGAAACCCCGACAACAGUUCGUGUGGGAAACACCAAAUGGUAUGUUUUGCAUUUCUUUUUGUGAAGCUGAUACACCGUGACCGCAAAAUAAAGUAAUGUAUAGAAUAAUUGUCAUUUAAUAUGCUAUCAUCGGUUUCGCUCUGCCAACCGACACAAAUAUGAAUGGGAUUAGAGCAGGGGGUCCCCAACCUUUUUUGCACCAUGGACCGGUGUGAUUUGGGUCUUUUGUUCACGGACCGGUGUCCCACUUUUAUAUUCAGUUGGACUCUCAAUGUUAUCCAAUGGUGCUAAAAAACUAUUUACAUCACAAACAUACAUGUGCAACACGGAAGUGGCGUAAAUUAACGCUUAACGACACGGCGAAGUCGUUAAGUGAGAGGGCUACGUGCAGUUGUUGUGUGCGCCAAACAUGGCAAACGUAAGUUAAUAUUCCUUUCUUUAAAGAAAAUUUUUUAGUGUGUCGUUAGGAAUCGCUGCAUUUGCGGUCCUUUUAAACGUUACGCGCAUGUCAACUUUGUCAGAAGACCGGCAAUGUGCGGCAGAAAAAUACAGCAAAUAUAAAAUAGCAUUUGUUUUUAGCCCCGUCGUGUUAAGUGCAGGGAAAAAAUACAACUCACCCGCUGAAUCAGUGGGAGGGCUGAGUUUGUUUCGUUGAGACGAUGGGAGAGUGAGAGAAGCUAGCAUCACAAAUACACGAUUUUGGAAAUUGUAGCAGUUUUCAGCACGCUCCUAGCGAUGUCGGGAUAUUCCGAAAUGACUUUAAUCCAGAACUUCGGUAGAGUUGUUGUCUCAAAUGUAUGUUUAAGUCGCCGUGAUUUGCGAUCUCUACAAGUUGAUAUUCCUGUUCCACAGACAUGCUCGAAUCACUCGAUUUGUUCACAUACGUGUCACAAAUUCACUCCUUCGCAGUUCGUGGGUCUUUAGUGAUUGGGAAGUAGCAUAAAUUUUGUUUUCUUUGAGGUUGUAGGCAUAUCUUCUGGCUCGUCAGGUUCCCGUUUCCCUGUAAAAUUGCAAAAUUAGCCCUCUUAGCACUGACGAACUUUACUCAUUGUCUGCGUAGUCCAGCUCUUUUUCUCGCGUUCGGGAACUCAUGGGUACUACAUUGCGACAAAUGGCUAUUUGUAAACCACAUAGCAUGACAGGUUUGAACCAUUUUAGCGAUUUUUUGAUAAAACACGAACGCAACUCUCUCGUCGAUAAACAACGAUGGCACCCGCCUCGACCUUUUGUUUCCUUGUUAUGACGUCUCCGCCCCAUUCGGCUGUUUCCGGAACACUUUCGGAAAUGUUCGUCAUUUUGGAUCUAUUUUCGAUAAUUGCUCAUUAAUGUGAUUGAUUUUUUUGUUAACUUUAUCAAUAUUGUUAUCUUGCCACAUAACAGUUCUAUUGAUGUCUCACACCCCCUUUGCGUUUUCAUACCCUUUAACACAGAAUACGUUCAACAGUGACUGACUGUUGAAGUGAGUGAAAACGCCAUGGUGAGAUCAAAGGAGCUGUCUGAGACCAUGAGAAAGAAGAUUGUAGACUCUUAUGAGUCUAGUAAGGGAUUUCAAAAGAAUAUAAAAUCAGCCAUUCCACUGUCUGGAAUAUAGUCUACAAUGGUGUACCACACGCAGGCUAUUUUUAGACCGUGACGUCGCAUCGUAAAGCCGAAGUGGGACAUUAUAGACCCGCCCUCGCAUUGACACAACGUAAUUAGUGCUACUUUUCUCUGGUAAUCUUUCAAAACCGAACAUGCCGAUCACGCAUUGCUUUUUUGGAACUUGUAGAAAUGACUCUAGACAUUACGACACAUGAAGGACGUUUUCUUCAUACGUUUCCGGAAACCAAAAACUCGAGAGGAAAAAAUUCGAAGACUGAAUCAACUUGCGCAGACUUUAACACCAGCUCGGCGAAUCCAUUCAUGUUUCAUAUGCAGUAAACAUUAUGUUGGGUUGGCAUGGUCUUUCAGAGGACAAAGUGGUAAGCCAUUUUUAUAUUUUUAACUUAUUUUUUUGCGUAACGUUGUGCCGUACUGCUUCUGUCUGACAAUGAAUGACCUGAAAAGAAUUACAAUGGUAUCUGACUGCCACUGUUACUGUUUUUGUUAUAUAUAUAUAAAAAAAACAACUUUAGUAAGGGGGAAGUGUAAAUAAAUUAUAGGAUUAAGAUGUGUUAUCAAUGAAAAAAUGAAGUGUUCGUUGGCUGUCACUGAGUAGCAUUUGCGAUCGCUACACAAAGCUAACUAAAUUACCCUCAAGAACGGUAAGAGACGUAGGACAACCAGAGGAUAUAUAAGAAAGACAUUGCUGAUGGUAAAGGAUAGCUUGUUGAAACAGUAGAAUGUCGUUGUGAGUCGCGUCGAUAAACAAAGCUAAAGCUAUGCUUAGGUCGGCUGGUUUGGUCUUUUUCAGCCUUCGACACUAAAGCCAUCUCUUUAACUGAACAUUUUUAUGUUCUUCCACAUCUUUGCCAGUCAAUUUGGCACCAGGCACAUCAUUUUCGGAGAGAAUUGGUAGGUUUAGCUCUAUAAACAUCUCCUUCGUACACGAUUUCCAUUCAUUUCCUAUUAGGGACAAACGGUGGCUUGUCCCUACUUAGUAACAGUAGCUAAUGUCAUGAAUAUUAAUGAGCGGAAGUGACGUGUUGCUUGCGGUACGCCAUUGGAGGACACUCAGAACAACUACCAACAUGGCCAAGUCUGGCUGUCUAAGCAAGUAUACCCUGAGAGCAGGCCGCAAGACGCUAAAAGAAUGGGUUUAGUGGGUUGCAAGACCAGCCUAACGCAGGGGAGAUACACCUGGCACAACAAUCAAGUGUUGAAGUACCUGGCUGCCGAACUUGAGAGCAGGAGGGUAACCACGAAUACCAUGCCUCUAAACCCCAACCUACCUUCCCGUGAAAAACAUCUCUCAUUCGGGAAGGGGAGAAAAGAAGGACCAAGACAUCUGCUCUGGAUCCAGGCCCACUGGAUGUAGCCCGGGAUUGGGAAAUGCCAGUGGACCUCCGGCAGAGGCUCACCUUCCCAUCUUAAAUUGCAGCGACCAACCUGCGCCCUGACAUAGUCCUCUGGUCCUAGCCUUGCUGGCAUGUCUUCAUCGUUGAACUGACCGUCCCAUGGGAAGAUGCCAUCGAUGAAGCAUUUGAACGGAAGAGAUUGCGAUAUGCCGAUCUAGAAGAUGAGGCAGAAAGGAGGGGCUUGAAUGUGAAGGUGUGUCCAGUGGAGGUCUGUUGUAGAGGCUUUGUAGCCAGGUCCACCACAAAGCUUCUGAAGGAAGUAGGGAUCAGAGCUCAGGCCCAACGGAAGGCAAUUAAAGAACUUGCCACUACAGCAGAACGGAGCAGUCACUGGUUGUGGCUGAAACGUAAAGAUGCAACAUGGGCUGCCAAAUGACUGUGGUGCCACCGAAAACCACACACCUGGGUCUGAUUAUUCUGUGGUGGGCCAUCCUCAGCAGAGGAUGUCUUGUUGUAAAUGGCCGAAACACCCUAUGAUGUCUGAGGCAAGCAACUGAUGAUGUGGUGUGCUGGUUGAUCAUUGACAAAUUCCACCCCACCAAAGAUGACAUCUCUAACGUUCAAUUGAUGCGCUGAAUAAUGGGGAUCUCUAACAGCUAGUCCUACUAAGAAGUCUCUCCAAACCCCCUAAGAUUUAAUCACGGGACCUACAGUAGGCUCUUGCUACUGUUGAUGUGAAGGUGGAUGCCUCUACAAUGGGGUGGCUCAGUGGUAGAGUAGUUGUCCCCCAACCCAGAGGUUGUGGGUUCAAUUCUCCACCCUGAUGAACUCGUCUAAGUGACAAGACACUGAACCCCACGUUGCUCCUGGUGCUGCGUCACCAGUAGGUGGAUGGUGAGAUAGUGUAAAGCGCUUUGAGCGCCUUGAAAGGUGGAAAAGCGCUAUAUAAGUACAACAUUUACCAUUUACAAUCAUAAAGACACUUCACAAGUUAAACCUUCAUGGGAGUUGUGCAAGGAGGAAACCUUUCCUCUCCAAGAAGAACAUGAAGGCCAGACUGAAGUUUGCCAGAGUGAAUCUAGACAAAGACCAGGACUUGUGGAAUAAUGUUCUUUGGACGGAUGAAUCUAAAUUGAAUUAUUUGGACACCACAACAGAGGACAUAUUUGGCGUGAACCCAAUACAGCAUUCCAGGAAAAGAACCUCAUACCAACUGUAAAGCUGGGAGGGGGAAGUGUCUUGGUUUGGGGAUGCUUUGCUACGCCAGGACCUGGCCAGCUCACCAUCAUAGAAGCCACUAUGAAUUCUAUCAUGUAUCAGAGAGUGCUAGAGGAACAUGUGAGAUCAUUUGUGAAAAAACUGGACCCUGCAACAUGACAAUGAAACCAAAACAUACAAAAGGAAGAAGAGUCCUGGAAUGGCCUAGUCAAAGCCCAGAUAAUCCCAUUGAGGUGCUGUGGUUGACUUGAAACUGGCUGUACAUGCAAGAAAACCCUCAAACAUCUCACAGCUUAUGGGUAUUCUGCAAACUUUCUUCAGACUGAUGUCAAAGACUAGUAG